GCUGAUUUUAAAUUAGUCAUCAACAAGUUUAUUUAUCAGUCCUUAAAACUUGAUUUUCCUGUUGGUGUUGCUGACUGAAGCUCUGUGAUUGAUGCGACAUGCUUUAUUUUUAGACUCAGAGUGUUGAAUGAAGUGUCUAGUGUUAGCUACAAGCCCAAGAUAUUAGAGAGAUUAACAAGAUGGAAAUCAAACUACGCCCCUAUCAAUUAUCUGAUGUGGAUGACUUCAUGGAAUGGGCAUGCGAUGAUCAAGUCGUUCGCACAAGUAGACUAAGGUACUACACUUCAAGAGAAGAUGCACUUCAUUAUCUUAAGGAAGUUGCAAUUCCUCACCCAUGGUACAGGGCCAUAUGUUUGGAAGACCGUCCAAUUGGAUUCAUAUGUGUCAAACCAGGGUCUGACUAUCAGAUAUGUAGAGGGCAAAUUAGCUAUGCUCUUGGAUCAAAGUAUUGGAACAAAGGUAUAACCACAGUGGCAGUGAAAUUGGUUAUUUCUAGUGUGUUUGAAGAGUUUCCGGAUAUGGAGAGAUUGGAAGGCUUUGUUAAUGUGGAAAUUAAGGCCUCACAAAGGGUUUUGGAAAAGGCUGGGCUUCAAAAGGAAGGUGUACUUAGGAAAUAUGUCAUUGUCCAUGGGAAGACUAUUGAUGUUAUUAUGUAUAGUUGUUUAAAAACUGAUCAAACUAAUUGAAGGGAUUCUUUUCUUUUUAUUUUCAUCUCUCUCUCUAUCUUUUGGGUUGCCAAUUUGUAUUUUUUUUUUCAUCUAUUGUUAA